GGAUCCCUGGAAUGUCAAGCACACAGGCAAGGGCGUCCUCCAUCUGACCUCCACGGCCAGCUGGUACCGCGACCGUCGUCCUCAAGCUAUCCGCUCUAUUUCCCCAACUCUGUAACACCUAUUUUCUCGGUCUGGGCUCCUCUGUCGUUGUCUCUGCCACCGUCUCUCAUUUGCUUCGCUCACUCGUUAACAUCUCCAUCUCAUGUCUGCCCCACCCUCCCCGACUAUCGGUCAAGUAGCUCAUGAUAAAGGACGCACCAAACGAAGAGACAGGCCUCCGGCGCUGAACGUUGGCGACCCCAAGUCAGUGUCCGACGGGGAUGUACGAUACGAGCGAGAUCAUCGCAGAGACGCGCAGCGGAAGACGGAUGCCCAGCACUUGGAGACGGAUAACGAAGGCCCUCGCUCGCCUUCCGCCUCCUCGUCACUGGAUCCCUAUUACUUCAGCGUGCAGAGCCCAUCCGAGUCUCCCAUCCCGUCUCUACCGGUGCUGCACUCGAUUCCGAAGACCCCAGAGAUGCGUCCCGCGCGCGAGCCAGUCACUCCUGGCAGAGAUCCUGCUGCCAUCGACAGACGGGGAUUGGUGGGGGUGGGAGAGUUGGCGACCCCGAGAUGGGCCCGGGGUCCUCGCCGUGACGAGGUUGAGAUCGACGAGCAGUUAGACGAAGCGGAAGAGGAACCUUCGCUGGUAGAAGACGGCGAGGUGAUGGUGGACGAGCCGGACCAAGACUUGCCUGACAGUCCAUGGACUAUCGAAGCAAUUGAUGGUGAGCCGGAGGAGAAGGAUGAGCUCCGUGAAGUGCAGCCGAUUUCGCGCCCGUUGCGCUCCAGGCGUUCCGUGGCCGACGAGAGCGGGGGCGAAGAGAUCCUGUAUCCUCGUCAUCCUCUACCCUUGGACGAUAGGAAGCAUGCAGAUGGGAUAUACAUGCCUCUUCAGGAGAAGUACGAACUGGAUGAUACUGUUCCCUCAGCUGAGGUUGAACCGGUUGCUUCCACGAUGAAGUCCGAUGAUGUUUCGCCACCCAGUGCUUUUUCGGCAUCCACCAAUCGGCCACGCAAGCGCACCUCGGACGAGUUCGAGAUGGAUCAUGCAGGCACGUUGGUAGCGAAGUCGACAUUGUCAUCGAACACCCCGAAGGACAAGGACAAAGUCCGUAGACACAAGAGUCUCGGCGUCCCGCCGGCCACGGCAGCCCAAGUCAAGGAGAAGGCGAAAGAGAGGCGAAGGGAUACCCUGUCUAUCAACGUCAAGCACCAGAGGCAGACAUCGGCCAGCUCAUCGUCUUCAGGCCACGGCGAUGCUCACCACUCUCGUCGUGUUCUCGCGUCAGACUUCUCACACCUUCCGCCGUCACCGUCAUCGUCUUCCAUUCAACAGUUCCUGAAGCAGGGAGGCACCGGUAGCAAGACGACUUCUCCGUCCCAUCACCCGUUGAAGGAGAAAGACUCGUCCUCUCACCUCCCUGCUAACAUGGUCGCUCAUUCUCUCCUCCGUGGCACGCAAGAAGGGUGGUCGGACUUGGACGAUCAGGCGACAAUGGAGGCUUUACGGAAGCUUGAUGGGUUGUCAGGCCGGAGUGCUCGUGCCAGAUCUAGUAUCGGUCCCCAUAGUCGGCUGGGAAGCUCGAGCCGUCCGGGUACUCCAGCCGGUGCCGGUAGCUCUGGUCAAUGGGAAGGCAUCGAGGGUAGCCGAAGCAGUAAACGGAUGAGUGCUGCGAAGGACAAGGACAGAGCCAAAGCGGAGCACGUAGCGUCACAACGUCAAACAGUCGGUCUUGGUAUCGCAUCGACAGAGUUCUCCGGUGAGAAUGAAGUCCACGGUGCCGCGUUCCACUCUGGCGAAGAGUUGCACAGUAGCUCGCCGUUGCCUGAGAAAUCGUCCCUCAAGAAGUCGAACUCCCUUACGCGCUCUAGCUUCAGUGCAAAGCGUGGCUCUGCGUCUUCAGGGACAUACACGAGCACUCCCACGACGAGCUCCAGGGAUUCCGCUACGUUGUCCAUCAGUACUAGUGCUACGUCCGUCUCCGCCACCUCUGGCCGACAAUCGACCAACAAGACUAAGCGCAACAGCGCGAGCAGCGAAAUGUCUGUCUAUAGUGCAGAAGCGACGUAUGUGCGAGAACGUGCCGCCUCGCUCGCUGGGGCCGCUGAUUCGUCCGAGGAGCAACGCGUGCCCCCUGUGCCGCCUUUACCAAAGGAUAUCUCUCACUACAAGCAGCCCCCUCAGACUCCUUCGACGGUAGUGUCUCCGGCACCCGAGGUUCCAGGAUCGAGUAGGUCCAAGCGGGAGACGGUGAGCGAUAUGAGGUUCCAGUCAUCUCUCGAAGUACCGUCGUUCCCGUCCACUCCCUCGAAGCAUGCCUCGCUCCAGGCCCAAAAGUCUGUCACGACUCCGAGCAGCAUCCAGAAGACGCCGUCGAAGAAGUGGAGCUUCUCCAAUGUCAUGGGCAAGAAAUUGUCGAACUCGCCCUCCAUCUCGUCUAUGAACGAAUCGGUUGCGCCUAAAUCCCCUGGAUUGCCCAUCAGUCCUCGCUCGCUGACGUUCGGUGCCCAACUCAGGAAGUCUAUCUCCAAGGAGCAUGCACGUUCGCCGGUGUCGAAGGCGCCUGCGGAAGACUGGUCCCCUAUGGAGUCUGCCAUGGCGUCGGCGACUUCAUUGGCAUCUAUGUCGUCCGUUGGCUCUGCUCAUGGUUCCCUUCGAGACCCGUUGUCGCCCUCCGUUGCUGGAGCCUCUUUACGCGCACCGUCACAGACGCCGGACCGCUCAGCGCCGAGUCGGUCGGAGACUGCCUCUAGCGCCAGCACCAAUGUACCCACACAAGCGCCUCUCAGCCCUUCGUCUUCCUUGCGGCGAGGCCCCUCUUCGAAGCGGCUCACACCUUCGUCAAUCCCUUUCUUCCGUCGGUCCUCGUCGCAGUCGAUGACGUUGCCACCUUCUAACGCGAUGCCUCCGCCUCCAUCCCCAACGUCUAGCGGUGUCGGGAGUGCGUCAACACGCGUGCAUCUGCUGGGGAGUCACUCGCCCGUACAUGAUACGAGCUUGACGUCCCCCACUACGAGCUCAUCGCAUAAGAAGUCGUCAGUGUUGAGUUUGGGCCUUCCGUCAUUGCUUAAGGGUUCUAGCUCAAGGAGGAGUUUGCACUCGGACAGGGAAAAGAGUGACUCGAAGAGCGGCAAGGACACAUCAACUUCGAAGGACUCCGACAGGGAGACGAAGAAGAAGGAUGAUAAAGACCGAAGCGAGAGCAGGAUUUCCGUCCUCAUGGGCAGGAAACGUGGAAAGACUCUGUCCUCCGCUCAACCGAUGCCAAAGAAGACAGAGCCCGUGCCACUACCGCCGAUGCAGAUAUCUGCGCUAUCUGCGACGACUGCACAACGUGUUGCUAGCCUGAAGUCCUCGUCCUCGUCCGGUGCAUCCGCAGCUUCAAGAUUGGCGUCGUCAAGAGCUACCUCGCAGACCGUCAGCUCCAUGCAGAAGCAGUCCGACUCGUCCCUUCGUGGUAGGAAUCAGUUACCCACUAUCGCUGGUUCUCCUUCCGUCGGUAGUGUCAACUCCCACGUCAUGAAGGAACCGAAGGAGCCUCCGCCGCCAUCGUCUCUGAACCCCACCUCGAGCCUUACGAAAGAAACUCCUACGAAGAUACCCCGCAUUUCCAGUCGGUCGUCGACUACGAACUCUCCUACCCUCAAAGGCAAUGGUGCUACUCGCAGGGCAAGCCUUCUGGUUGGUAACGCUGGUGUCUCGGGUUCACGUGGAAGUUCCCCCGCUGCUACGGCCGAGUCAAUGAAUGAAUUCGGCGUGCUCGAGAAUGGGCACGGUGCAAGUACUAAAACUGCUACGGCGCAACGUCAUUCUGUCCGGGCAUCUCCGUCCACUUCGUCGCGUGUUCCUAGACAGGUGUCCGCCCCAACGUCGUCCACAACCAACGGCACGAUACCUCGCAAGACCCGUGAGUCCAUGUCAUUUGCAGGGCUUCGCAAGUCGUCCACCGGCUCGGUUGCAUCCAUCUCUUCGGUAGCUCAGCAAAAUGAAUCAGGUCCCUCGCAUCGGUUCUCUGCGCUGUCGCCUUCCAAGGGCUUGAAGCUUCUCAGCCCCAAGAUGUCGCUGCCAACGUCUCGGUCAUCCAACUCCUCUUCGACGCAUAGCAUCCAGCAAGCCAUGGCAUCUCCGUCGUCGAGCAGGCAGUCGUUGUCAACGCCUUCUCCUGCACCUAGUUCUAUCGACGAGGAGGAGCUACUAGGUGAUGAAGAGAUGAUUCAGUACAUCAAGAGGCAGCAUGCGAAGAAACUUGCCAGUGGAGCGAGUCAGGACGACCUGGAUGCUAUGCUGAAGUUCCCGGAGCCAAUCGCGCCGACACCUGCUAUGACACCGGCUGCCCUUCUCAAGAGCUCGCAGGCCCAGUACCUUUCGGACUUCGAGAAGCGGGAGAUAUUGGAUCAUCCGUCCGUCUACUACUAUGGUGCACACAGCGACAAGAAACCUGCUACUGUCGACAAUUCGACGAACAAUCAUGGCUACGACGACGAACGUGGCGAUUAUCUCGUGGUCAAUCGCGACCACUUGGCGUAUCGCUAUGAGGUGAUCGACACAUUGGGCAAGGGAUCCUUUGGACAAGUACUGCAUUGUCGCGACCACUGCACAGGUGAAUCGGUGGCUAUCAAGAUCAUUCGUAACAAGAAGCGAUUCCACCAUCAAGCGCUUGUGGAGAUCAAAAUCUUGGACAGUCUACGCAAAUGGGAUCAGGAGGAGAAGCAUCAGGUCAUCAAGAUGACAGAACAUUUCUACUUCCGAAACCAUCUAUGUAUCGCCAUGGAGCUGCUAAGCAUCAACCUCUACGAGCUCAUCAAGGCGAAUGGCUUCGUCGGUUUCACCACUGCUCUGAUUCGCCGCUUCACCAGUCAGAUGCUCCAGUCUUUGUCCCUGAUGCGUCAUCACCACAUUGUUCAUUGCGACCUGAAGCCCGAGAAUGUGUUGUUGAAACAUCCUGCCAAAAGCGCUAUCAAAGUCAUCGACUUCGGCAGCAGUUGCUUCGAGCAUGAGAAGAUAUACACGUACAUUCAAAGUCGUUUCUACCGGUCGCCAGAGGUUAUUCUCGGCAUGAAUUAUCAUAUGGCUAUCGAUAUGUGGAGCUUGGGCUGUAUCCUGGCCGAGUUGUACACGGGCUUCCCUAUCUUCCCUGGCGAGAACGAACAGGAACAGCUGUCCUGUAUCAUGGAGGUUCUUGGUGUACCCGACAAGGACUUCAUCAACCGUAGCUCGAGGAAAAGGCUCUUCUUUGAUACAUCUGGUGCGCCUCGUCCGGUAGUGAACUCCAAAGGUCGUCGGAGAAGGCCCGGGACGAAGAGUUUGGCGCAGGUACUACGUUGCGACGAUGAGACCUUCGUGGACUUCAUUGCAAAAUGUCUAGUCUGGGACCCUGAGAGGAGGAUCAAGCCGCAAGCUGCUUUGCGUCACCCGUUCAUUACGGCAGGUCGGAGAGCGAAGAUCACUAGCCCUAGCCCGGGAGCAGCAAGGGCGUUGCUGUCCUCAACAGCAAGCUUUACCAGCAGUCGCGGCAGCAAGCAAGUGACGGAGACUCCGAAGAAAUCCAUGAUCAGUGCGCCGACGCCCCUCACCGCCCGUUCGACACGGACCACCGGUACUGUCCCCAACACGCCUAAUAAUUCCGGUUCUCUGCAUGCUGGUAUCGCAUCAUCAAGGACGUAUCGGACAUCGCAAGCGCAGUCAAUAUCGUCAUAUCACUCCAGUCGAACCAUGAAAGUCAAGCGGUUCUCAAUUGCUGGAUUACAACUAGGGUGGACGCUCUUUGACUGA